AAAGUGAGUGAAAAAGUAGGAGGUGCAGAAGGAACAAAGCUAGAUGAUGAUUUCAAAGAAAUGGAAAGGAAAGUGGAUGUUACCAGCAGGGCAGUUAUGGAAAUAAUGGCAAAGACAAUAGAGUAUCUUCAGCCAAAUCCAGCUUCCAGAGCUAAACUCAGCAUGAUCAACACUAUGUCAAAAAUUCGAGGCCAGGAAAAGGGGCCAGGCUAUCCUCAGGCAGAAGCCUUACUGGCAGAUGCGAUGCUGAAAUUUGGUCGAGAACUUGGUGAAGAUUGCAACUUUGGACCAGCACUUGUUGAUGUGGGAGAAGCUAUGAAGGAGCUUUCUGAAGUCAAGGACUCAUUAGACAUGGAAGUGAAGCAAAACUUCAUUGACCCACUUCAGAAUCUCCAUGACAAAGAUCUGAGAGAAAUACAGCAUCACCUGAAGAAAAUGGAGGGUCGACGCCUGGAUUUUGAUUACAAGAAGAAAAGACAGGGCAAGCUCCCUGAUGAAGAGCUUCGUCAAGCUCUGGAGAAAUUUGAUGAAUCAAAAGAAAUUGCUGAGUCAAGCAUGUUUAACCUUCUGGAGAUGGAUAUUGAGCAAGUGAGCCAGCUUUCUGCUCUUGUGCAAGCCCAGCUGGAGUACCAUAAGCAGGCUACACAGAUCCUACAGCGAGUUACUUCUAAACUGGAAGAUAGAAUAAAAGAGGCAUCUUCUCAGCCCAGGCGAGAAUACCAGCCCAAACCCCGCAUGAGCCUGGAUUUUGCAACUGGUGACAAUACACAGCACAAUGGAGGAAUAUCCCAUGCCACCACACCCAAGCCAUCAGGUGUUCACAUGGAUCAGCCGUGCUGCCGAGCUCUGUAUGACUUUGAACCAGAGAAUGAAGGGGAGCUGGGAUUUAAAGAGGGUGAUAUUAUUACCCUCACUAACCAGAUUGAUGAAAACUGGUAUGAGGGGAUGCUUCAUGGCCAGUCAGGUUUCUUUCCCAUCAAUUAUGUCGAUAUUCUGGUUCCAUUACCCAAUUAG